AUGUCCGCCAUGCAACAGUCCACUCUCAGCCUCUACGGCGACUGCGUUGACUCGCUGCGCGCGUCGCUGUCCUUUCUCGAGUCCUCGGUGGCGACGUUGGACGCUGGCGUUGCCGACUUUCCUCGCCUCGAGAGCGUGCUGAAGACCGUGCGGCACUACGAGCUCGUCCCACAGCCCACGCUCGCGGCAGCCGAGGCCUCUCUCCAAAGCGAGAUCGGUCCCUCCGUGGCCGCCCUCCUCGACCGCGCUGAGACCCAGCUGGCACGCCAGGCGCGCCGCAUCGACACGCUGCAGGCGCGCGCCGCGCUGCAGGCCGGCCGGCUCGAGGGACAGGCGGCGACAAAAUCAGCAACGACGACAGCCAAGCCUACGGCCAAGACGGCCCGGACGGCCAAGCAGUCCAUGGGCGCCGAUGCCUUGCGGGCCCGCAUGACCCGCCAGCGCCGCGAACAGCUCAAGUACAGCAUCCAGCGGCUGGAGCGUGAGGUGGCCCAGAAGGAACGCGAGCUGCGGCAGCGCCUGCAGUCAACGUCGGCCCUGGCCUGA